GUGAAGAUAAUAGAGAUGAACCCUCCUUUUCCACGCAACCCCGAGCUGUCAGCAGAGCAAUCGCUCAUUUGGACAAAGGAGACACAGCUGCUGAGUUCCAAGAACCAGAUUUACUCAAAGAGCCAUGGGGGAGAAAGAGCAGCCGGCAGAAGAUCUUCACUUUGUUGGCAGGAAGGAUGAACUGAUUGAAGCGAAGCGCUCCUUCAGAACAAUAGAGGGUCGAGAUGUGCUGAUUAUCCACCAUCAGGGGGUGUUCUACGCCAUCGACUGUUACUGUUAUCAUGCUGGGAGCACGUUGGAGAAUGGAGACAUUGAGGAAAUUAAUGGCAAGCUGUGCAUAAUAUGUCCGAAGCACAAGUACAAGAUCUCUUUAGCUGAGGGCGAGGGGCUGUACCGGGGCAAGAACCCCUUGGAGAAGCCGCCUGUCUUCAGAUGGUACUCCAAGGGGGUGAAGCAGCGGACCCACACGGUCACAGAGAAAGGUGGGGAGGUCUUCGUAAAGAUCUGCAAGCAGCCGGCCCGGCUCGACUCAGACUACUACCAAGGAGAAAAGGGCAAGAUUGAACGAGCCAAAGCUGCAGCAGACGACGACACACUGGUUAUGGAYGAGGACGACGUAUGAAGACUGCUUCUUGAUUGGUUUGGUCUUUUCCAGCUUUUUUUGUUGUUUUUCUUCCCUCCUGCAUUAUGUAAACAUGAACUGAACUGAUGUGAUGAAACAGGCCACGCAGACCAAUAAAAAUCUGAAGGAUU